GAACUCCGUCAACGGAGACGCGGGUCUUAGUUGGGCUCAAGAACUCGAUCCGGACGGACGCGAUCGUUCAAUGAGAAAGGAGUAGUAGUUUAAUGUGAAGCUAUUUAUUAGACAAGCAAGUGAAAAUGGGUGAUUCGAUAGUAAGGAGUUCCAGAGACGAUUUGAGUGCGAUGAAUUUCUACAAGGAUUCGGUGGUUUUGAUCACGGGAGGAACCGGGUUCAUAGGGAAAGUGUUGAUUGAAAAGAUACUGCGGUGUUUCGAAGUGAAGAAGAUCUAUCUGCUGCUUCGUGAAAAAAGGAAUGUGAAGGCCAAAGAUCGCCUGAAGGAAAUCUUCCAGGAACCAAUUUUCAACGUGAUCAGAAGCAAUCAUUCGAAUCCAGCAAGUGUGUUUUCAAAAGUGAACGUCAUUGAUACGAAUUUUCAAAACGAUCAAAUUAUUAGUGCGCACGAUCGGGAGCUGCUAUUGUCGGAAGUUACCGUCGUUUUCAACGUGAUGGCUUCGGUUAAAUUUAACGAGAACAUCGAGUCCGCUCUGGAUACCAACGUAGUUUGUUCCCGGAAGUUGUUCGACAUUGUGUGUCAGAUGCUGCGCGUCCGGUCGAUCGUACAUGUGUCCACGUUCUACUCGAAUUGUGAUCGAUCUAGGAUAGAGGAGCAAGUCUUCGACGACAUUCCGUUCGGUGGCUACAGCAACCUACUGAGUAUCCUGAGCCAUCUGAAGGAAAGCGAAAAAGAACAGCUGACACCGAUGAUUCUGGGAACGAUGCCCAAUAGUUAUACCUUCAGCAAAAAGUGCGCUGAAGCCAUGAUCCAGCAACAGUACGCCCACCUGCCGAUUUCCAUUUUCCGACCUCCGGUGGUCACGUCGGCCUACCAGGAACCGAUUCCCGGCUGGGUGGACAACUUCAACGGAAUAUCCGGGAUGUGCCUCCCGAUGAUACAGGGAAAGUUCUACUGUUGCAUGGCGGAACGAAAAAUCCCCAGCCACACGGUACCGGUGGAUUACUGUGUGGCGGCAAUGUUGGCCGUUGGGGCUGAAAAUGCGAGGACUGAUAAUGUAGCCACGGAUAAACGAGUACCAGUGUACAACUAUGCAACCGAUGCCAAUAACAUCCGGUGGGGUGAUUUUGGCAAAUGGAUCUCUCAGGGAUGCGACACGCGGCUGGGGCGGUUGUUUGGACGAUUCGCCAUAGUUGUGACUAGCUCCCGCUUCCUUCGACAGAUGUUCGUCUGGUGGUUCGUCCUGCAAGCCGUCGCCGCCGAUCUGUUGUUAGUUGUGGUCGGAAAGAAGCGACAAAAUCUCCUCACGCUGAACCGGGUGUUUGCUCUGGAGGACGCGGCUCGCUACUUUGCAAUGCACGGAUGGACCGUCGAGAACGACAACAUGCGCCGGGUGCUGAAUCGGAUGAGCGACGAGGAGCGAGCCUUGCUGCCGUUUGAUAUCGAUCAGCUGGACUGGGAGGACUAUUUUCGAAAUUUUCUACCGGGGAUCAAGGCGGCCCUAGCGCGGUGCUAUCAGCGAAGGCAGAGCAGGAAGGCUGCCUGAGGAGCGGUGGAUUUUAUGUAACUUAUCAAUUUUAAACGU